AAAUUUAUAUCGCAGUCACCCGCACACGUGUUGUAUAGACUGUAAACUGUAAACACGCGCUGCAGUUGAGCGCAUAAAAAUGGGCGCAACUAAAAAUAUAGACCUUAUCGGCACUAUUGAAGAUGAUGCCGAGGUGGAAAAUCUAUCCGAAGAUUCGGAUGCUGAAGUAGAAUAUCAACCGACCAAGCUACGACACAAAAAGGUUACCGAGUUUGAGAAGGGCUUUGAGUUCGUUUCGUCGGUAAAGGAAUAUAAUCAGGAUACUUGGGACGAUUUGAUGAAAUAUGUGAAGCGUAAGGCGCGUACUAAGACAGACGAUAAAAUCGCUGCUCGCCUGCAGCAACGAGGCGGCGCCGAGGCUGUGGUCGCUGAACAGAGCGACGAAGAAAUUGCGCUGUCCGACGAUGAGCUCAAACACGAUAACUUGCGACUUCGUGAAAAGAAGCAGAGUAAAAACAAAAAGAAGAAAUCAGUGCAAGAUGAGGAAGAGGAUGAAGAAGGCGAGAAAAUGCAAUUCGAUGACACUGUGGAGGCCAAUGAGAUGAUAACAUCGUUCUACCAAAUGAAUCUAUCACGCCCGCUCAUGCGAGCCAUCGGCGUGCUUGGCUAUAUCUAUCCCACGCCCAUUCAGGCUUCUACCAUACCCGUGGCUCUGCUGGGCCGUGACAUUUGCGGCUGCGCGGCCACCGGUACAGGUAAAACGGCCGCCUACAUGCUGCCCACUGUGGAGCGUUUGCUCUACCGGCCGCUUAACAACAAGGCCAUUACACGAGUCCUGGUGCUAGUGCCCACGCGUGAGCUGGGUGCCCAGGUCUACCAGGUGACCAAGCAGCUCUGCCAGUUCACCAGCAUUGAUGUGGGCCUGGCUAUCGGAGGUCUUGAUGUUAAGGCACAGGAGACUGUGCUGCGUCAGAAUCCGGAUAUUGUGAUUGCUACGCCGGGUCGUCUUAUCGAUCAUAUUAAAAACACGCCCAGUUUCACUUUGGAUUCCAUUGAGGUGCUUAUCUUGGAUGAAGCCGAUCGCAUGCUUGACGAGUAUUUUGCAGAGCAAAUGAAGGAAAUUAUCAAUUCCUGCUGCAAGACACGCCAGACGAUGCUCUUCUCGGCCACAAUGAGCGAGCAGGUCAAGGAUCUGGCAGCGGUCUCGCUGGAUAAGCCCGUCAAAGUCUUCGUUAACAACAAUCAACAGGUGGCCUUCAAUUUGAGGCAGGAGUUUAUACGCAUACGAGAGGACAAGGAGGGCGAUCGUGAGCCCAUCUUGGCCAGCUUGAUUUGUCGAACCUUUCACGAUCAUUGCAUGGUCUUUGUGCAGACCAAAAAGCAGGCCCAUCGAUUGCACAUUCUGCUCGGCUUGCUGGGCGUGCGAGCCGGCGAGCUGCAUGGCAAUUUAACUCAGCAGCAGCGUUUGGAGUCGCUUAAGAAAUUCAAAGAGGAACAAAUCGAUGUGCUGAUUGCCACCGAUGUGGCGGCGCGUGGUCUCGACAUUGUGGGCGUCAAGACAGUCAUCAACUUUGUGAUGCCCAUUACCACGGAGCACUACAUUCAUAGAGUGGGUCGUACGGCGCGUGCCGGGCGCGCUGGUAUCUCUGUGUCGCUGGCGGGCGAAAAGGAGCGCAAGAUCGUUAAGGACAUUAUCAAGAAUGCCGAGAGUAGCGUGAAAAAUCGUAUUAUACCGCCAGAGAUUAUUGAGAAGUAUCGCAACAAGCUGACGGCAUUGGAGCCCGAAAUACAAAACAUACUUGACGAGGAGCAGGCGGAACGUCAGCUGGCCAAAACGGAACAGCAGUUGUCCAAAACGGAACGCAGGUUGCUGGGACAGCCGAACGAGAGGCGCACCUGGUUCCAAACUAAGCAACAGCGUGAGAAUGAAAAGGCUCGCCUAGCGCUCACAAACGAUGAUGAGGCCAAGCCGGCAGCAGCAGGAACUGGUAAGGGCAAAACGGCGGGCAAACGCAAGCGUCCAGAGUACGGAGGUGAUGGCGAGGAUGGGCCGCCUGUUAAAGAGCUGGACGCCAAACGCAAGAAGAAGAAGAAGGAGGAGCCCAGAAAGAAAACGCCUGAACAAUUGGCCAAGGAGCGCGCCAUGAAGGAAAUUGAAAAGGUUUCGCUGGUGCGCGCCAAAAUGGCCAAGCUACGCAAGCGUCCCGGCAAACUGGGUGCAGCUACCGAGCCCAACAAAUAUGCCGGGGCUGCUGGAGGCAAACCCAAGAGGCGUGGUGGACAAUCCGCCUUCACCAAUGAUUUAACAGAUGUCAGUCGCGGCGGCGCACUACGUUUAAGAUCCGAGGCCAACCGCCACAAGAAGAUGACGAAAAUUGCUGCCAAGAAGAAAACGAGCAACGUCAAGAUAACAAAUAAGGCGGGUAAAAAUAAAUUCAACAAGGGUAAAAACUUUGGUGGGCCACGUUUUGCCAAAAAGGAUAGAAAGAAAUAAUCAUAGGAUGUAUAAAAAUACUAAUUUUAGUAAA